AUGGAACGAUUAUGGCUGGUUGUUUUGGUGAUUUUUGUUAUGGCUUUGUCUGUGCAAAGCCAAUUGAAAACAGGGUUUUAUUCUUCUUCGUGCUCAAAAGCUGAGGCCGUAGUUAGGUCCACAGUUGAAACAUACUUCAAAAAAGAUCCUUCCAUUGCAGCUGGAUUGCUCAGGCUUCACUUUCAUGACUGCUUUGUUCAGGGCUGUGAUGGCUCAGUGUUAAUUGCGGGGUCUUCUGCUGAGAGAAAUGCCUUGCCAAAUCUUGGAUUAAGAGGAUUUGAAGUAAUUGAUGACGCUAAAUCACAGAUAGAGACCUUAUGCCCUGGGGUGGUCUCGUGUGCUGAUAUACUAGCAUUGGCUGCUUGUGAUUCUGUCGUCUUGAGUGAUGGUCCAAGUUGGUCAGUUCCAACUGGUAGAAGAGAUGGCAGAAUCUCUUUAUCAUCCCAAGCUGCAAAUUUACCUUCACCUCUAGACUCCAUUGCUGUCCAGAAGAAAAAAUUUUCUGAUAAAGGCCUUGACGAUCACGAUCUCGUAACCCUCGUCGGGGCACAUACCAUAGGCCAAACACACUGCCAAUUCAUUCGGUAUCGCCUGUACAAUUUCACAACAACAGGCAAUGCAGACCCAACAAUAAACCAAUCGUUCCUAUCACAACUACGAGCUCUGUGUCCCCAAAAUGGAGAUGGCACAAAACCAGUUCCUUUAGAUAAAGAUAGCCAGACAGAUUUUGACACAAGCUUCUUCAAGAACGUACGAGAUGGUAAUGGAGUUUUGGAGUCGGACCAAAGACUUUGGGAUGAUGCUGCAACACGUGAUGUUGUGAAAAAAUAUGCUGGCACCAUAAGAGGAUUAUUCGGAUUUAGGUUUGAUAUUGAGUUUAGGCAAGCUAUGGUUAAAAUGAGUAGCAUUGAAGUCAAAACCGGGAUAGAGGGAGAGAUUAGAAAAGUUUGUUCAAAGUUCAAUUAA